AUGAUAAUCUCACUUCGGCUUCUGGCCUUGGGCUUUGUAACCCUUCAUCUCUCGAGUGUCUCUGCUCUACCUGCGACAGAUGCGCUUCUCCCUACCUCGCUUCAAACUUGCUUGAAAACCACCGGUGCCGAUGUCGUCUACCCCAGCGACAGCAGGUACAAUGCUCUGGCUAAACCACAGAAUACCAACUACCAGGCUCACCCCGAGGUCAUUGUGAUUCCCUCUUCGGCCGAGCAGGUCGCAGCGAUAGUGCGAUGCGUGGCAGCCGAGAAAGGAAGCACGAAACUGAGCCCCCGUGGUGGUGGACAUAGCUAUGCUGCGUACAGUUUCGUCGGCCAGGUGGUUAUCAAUCCGAGUAAGAUGAAAGGCAUUUCGAUCGACGAGACCAAGAAGGAGGUGACGGUGCAGUUUGGUCAGACUUUGGGUCCGUUGGCAAAGGCUAUCGGGCAGAAGGGGUACGCUCUACCGCACGGCACUUGUCCGACGGUGGGCGUGGCAGGACAUUCUCUUGGUGGUGGAUGGGGAUAUGCUUCGCGGAAAUGGGGUUGGUUGGUGGACAGGAUUGUAUCCUUGCAGUUUGUAGAUGUGAAUGGCAACAUCAAGCGACUCAGCUCCAGCUCUACAGGGACCGACGCGGAGCUAUGGUGGGCUCUCCGAGGCGCAGGAUCCAACAACUUUGGCGUCGUUACUGCAUUCACCUUUGCACUAGAGAAAGCUCCCACUGCCACCGUGAAUUACGAACUCCAUUUCGGCCCGGAGGCAGACUGCACCCAAGUCCUACUAGAAGUCCAAGCCAUGGGAAAGCUGCCCGCUACCGAUCCCAACGGUCUUCCUCUCGACCUCGGAGUCGAGGUGUUGUUGAUGGGCCGAGAUUCCAACGAAGACAGCGCCUGCCAACUGCAAGGCCAAUAUCUUGGGAAGAAGUCCGCGUACCAAUCGGUCAUUAACAAGCUCCUCAAUAAGCUUGCAGCGAAGGGCAUCAAGCCGAAAACCUCAGAGUCCAAGGUCAACGAGUUUUCCAGCUGGGUUGCCGCCCUAACAGACCUGAUGGGUCCUCUCGAUGCAUCAGAUGAUUAUCUCCCGUAUUACGCACAGUCGCUUGUCGAUAACGGAAGCCCCGACUAUACGCAGAAGCAGACGGGUCUUGUCUUCGAUGCACUUCGCGUCGCUCGGGGUAUCAAGAAGACGGAGAACGAUGUGUCCUUCGACCUGCUUGGACCCGGGUCGAAGACGAACGGCCCAACCUCCACCGGCGACAUGGCGUAUAUUCAUCGUCAGAGCCUUUUCUUAGUGCAGAUAUAUUCGGCCUAUUUCCCUGGAUUUAGUGACUCUACUCGCCUCGAUGCGGUUGCCAAGAUUACCGCUAUUACAGAUGCUAUCAAACAGGCUCGGCCAGCCAGCGAAUGGCACUCGUAUCAGAACUAUAUCGAUCCGUAUUUGGAGGACUUUGGGCAGGAGUACUAUGGAGAGGCGCUUGGACGCUUGAAGACGCUGAAAUCGGCGGCGGACCCUAACACAAUAUUCGACUUUCCUCAAGGGUUGAGCCAUGCGUGA